AUAUGUCACAUGACAUGACAUUGAUAGACGUCAGAUCUGUACUGCACAGCUUAUCAGAUUUGCUUAAAAAUACUUUUAAAUAUCUAUAAAAGCGCUAAAUAAUAGGAUGAAAUAGUGAGUAAAUAGCUAUGACUACUCAAUACAAGAAAUUUACCAGACUCAUAGCUAAAUGGCCCGUUGAUAAUACAAAAGGCGACAGGGACCUUGGAAAAUUCAUCAGAGAUAAAGUCAAGGCUGCGUUUGAGUCAUCAGAGCGCCAGAACUUGGAUUCUGAGCUGUGCAACCGACAGUACAACUCACUCAAUAAACUAGCUGAUAACUAUUACAAAAACAAGUAUAAACGAACUCACAGCAGUACAGCAACAGGGCUUAACACUGAAGAGUGCAACCUCAUCCUGUCUAACGAAGUUCUCGAAUAUUUGAAGGAGGAAAACAAGGCCUUAUUCGCCCGAAAAUUAAGCACAGAACAUGUACGGUACAGAGAUCAUACACCUGUUAUGUUAAAUGAGUCAAUAAAACAUUUAAAUCCUCAAGACAAUGAGCUGUACAUUGAUAUGACAUUUGGAGCGGGUGGACACUCCAAGAAAAUUCUGGAAUCUGCUGAUUGUAAACUAAUAACUUUAGAUAGGGACCCUGUAGCGUAUGAAAAAGCUCAGAAAUUAGCUGAAGAGUACCCCAAUAGAGUAAUACCAUUAUUGGGUAGGUUUAGUGAACUCCCUGAGCUUUUGAAAGCAAAUGAUAUAAAACAAUCCUCAAUUGAUGGAAUGCUCUUUGAUUUUGGAUGCUCUUCUAUGCAACUAGAUGUGGGAGAAAGAGGAUUUUCUAUCAGCAAAAAUGGUUACUUGGAUAUGAGAAUGGACGCUGGCAGAGAUCCAAAUCAAAUAACUGCCAGAGAAGUACUAGCUACUGCUAAUGAGCAUGAACUUUACAAGAUAUUCAAAAUAUAUGGGGAAGAGAAAAAAGCUGCAAAAAUAGCACAAACUAUCAUACAAGCAAGAUAUAUGAUCAAGAAUAUUGAGACAACCAAAGAAUUAGCUGAUCUUGUCAAUGCCUGUUGCCCAGAUGAAAAACGAUUAGAUAAACUGCAAAGACCACAGUCAAAUGCUACAAAAAUAUUCCAGGCAUUACGCAUCUUCGUUAACAAUGAAUUGAACGAAAUUAACUAUGGAAUGGUUUUAGCUAAAUACUUCCUGAAACUCAAUGGGAAAUUAGUGACUAUCUGCUUCCAUUCAUUAGAAGAUACGAUAGUUAAACGUCAUAUAGCAGGGAAUUUGGUCAAUGAAGUUGCAAAUCCUGUUCCGUUGAAGUAUUUGAGUCCUAUGUUAGUUCAGGAUCAAGAUACCAUCAACAUGUUGCUGGAUACUCCUUGGAAAGCCAUCAAUAAGCACGUAGAAGUUCCCAGUGAUGCAGAAGUGGAGAGAAAUCCAAGAAGCCGUAGUGCUAGAUUACGAGCUGCCAUCAAAAUUAAAUGAGAUUUUUUGUGGUGAAACAGCCUUUACAGAUUGUAUAGUGUAGUCAAAUAGUUCAAUUAGUUGUAGGUACAUACCAAUUUUUUUUAAGGAUUAUUGUUUCUAUUACAAAAUUUAGACUGAUCUUGGUGUAUCAUUUAAACUUCGCUGCAAGCUCAAACUCCAAAACUCAAAACUCAUGGGCUUUCGUAAUCAUUCUUGUAGAAGGUUCAGGGUGGGCCACUAGUUCCAAAAAUAAAAUCAUCAAAUUAAAUAGACUCAUUUAUUAUCUUAUCAUUGAUUAUGGUAACUAAUACUAAUUUUAUACUAUGGAUCUGCUCGAACGUUGCCAAAUUUUGUGUUAUGAUAACAUGUGUUUUGAAUAUUCUACAAUAGCUUAGAAGUCAAGUUAAUAACGUUUUAACCUUCCAUAAUAGACCACUUUACGUAUAGAAUACAAUUCCUCUGGUACUUAAUAAAUCUUUCGAUACUAACUUAUACUUUAUACUGAAAUGAACUUUACCAUAAAUUUACCAUACCUUAUUAGACAUUUUAAAUAGUGAAUUAUUAUUUAUGGGUUGAUUACGUCAUAAUUUAAAUAGUAACAAUUUCAUAGACAAUCCAGAGUUUGUAAUCAACUUGCUUUUUAACAUUUGCAAUUUUUAUUUGAAAAUACAUUCACGAAGAAUAUAAGAGCUUGAAUAUGGUUCCAACAAUUAGUAAUUUAUCAUAGUUAAAAUUAUUAGUAGUUACUAGACACCUAAAUGCAAUAGGCAGAGACAUAAAGUAAACUAUGAUUUCCCAAAGAGACUAGACUAAAUCGUAUUGUUUGAGUA